AUGAAGGCCUCCUUUGUCACCUUGGCUCUUGCCAUGGGCGCUGCUGCCGCCCCUACCUCUACCGGUCUCGCCGGUCUGUCUGAUGUCACCGGCAGCCUCUCCUCCAUCCUCGACGGUGUUGAGGGUCUCGUCAAGAACCUCAAGAUCGGCGACCUCACCAGCGAGCUUGGCCUGAACAAGCUCCCCGUUGUCUCCACCAUUGGUGACCUGACCAACGUUCUCGGCCUCCCCGCCGGUGAAGAUGCCUCCAAGCCCGCUGCCGCCAACGGCCACCUCGUCCAGGACUUGGGCCCCCAGCUGCAGAACGUUCUCACCAUUGCUGGCCCCGACGUUAGCACUCUGCUCAUUGAGUUGAGCCCCGAGGUUACCGGCCUGGUCUCUGGCCUUGGUCUCCCCGCCCUCGGUGUCCCUCUCGGCUCCAUCGUUGCCUCUGCCUCCGGCCUUGGUGGCCUCGUCACUGGUCUCGGCCCUCACGUCAACGGUCUCGUUACCGUUGUCGGUGCUGACGUCGUUGCUGGUCUCCUCUCUGGUCUUGGUCUCCCCGCUGUCGGUGUCCCCGUUGGCACUGUCAUUGCCACCCUCGGCAAGAACCUGAAGCGCGGUGAGAUCGUCAAGGACCUUACCCCCGCUGUCGGCCAGAUCCUCACUGUCACCGGCCCCAACGCCAAGCAGCUCCUGGUUGAGCUCUCUCCCUCCGUCACCGCUCUUCUGUCUGGCCUUGGCCUCCCCUCCGUUGGUGUUCCUGCCGGUGAGGUUGUCAAGACCGCUGGCAGCGUUGGUGACCUCGUCUCUGACCUCGCCGGCCCUACUGAGGGCCUCCUUACCGUUGUCCACAAGGAUGGCUCCGCCCUCCUCAUCAAGCUGAGCCCCGAGGUUGCCCAGCUCGUUACCGGCCUUGGCCUUCCUUCCGUUGCCACCCCCGUUGGCGCCGUCGUCCAGACCCUCGGUGAGAACCUGUAA